UUCAGCUAUGUUAUUCAGGUAGCUGAAGUUGCGUGACUUAGAUUGAUUUCCCCCCCCUGCCAACGUAGACCAGGGCUUAUUCUCCUAACUCCAGAUAUAGAAAUAAUAGGAUGAAAAACACUUAGUAGAUUACAAGCUUUCUAAUGACACCCUAUACGGGUAUUUAAUGUAAAGCAUAUUCCAGUUAUGUCAUAUUCAUAAGCAUAUUUCCAUAAAGCAUAUGGAGUGCAACAUCACACCCUUAACUUGGUAAAGUUUAAGAAUUAGCUUGUGUGCUCAUCUUUUUAUUUCUUUGUAACUAAUUCUGAUUAUUCAGCCUUACUAUAAUUACUUAAAAUCUAUCUUUCUCUAGUUAAUAGAGACAAAUUCAGACUUUCAGUAGAAUGCAGUGAGAUAGCUGCUCUGCUGUACAUGAAAUCCUGACCCAUAAUCAGGUCAUCUACGAAUGGUUUAGCACCAGGAUCCUCACACCACAUGCCAUGAGACAGACGAAGAAGCCCUGCUGCCAGCUCCUCAGAAUAUCUCUAUCCUGUCCACCAACAUGAAGCACCUCCUGACCUGGAGUCCAGUGACGGUCCCUGGAGAAACUGUGAGAUACUCCGUUGAGUUUCAGGGGGAGUAUGAAAGAGAUUAUGCCAAUGAGACCUGGAUACCCAUCAGUGAGUGUUCGCUCAUCAUUGUGACUCAGUGCAAUGUCACAGAGGACAUCUCUGCCACCGUGGCCUAUAACCUACGCGUGAGGGCAAACCUAGGUUCCCGGGGUUCAGAGUGGAGCACACUAAAAGUUCUCUUCAAUCGCAUAACGACUUUCCUCACCCCACCCAUGAUGGAAGUCUCUGUGGAUGGGUAUCACUUACUGGUGAAGCUGGAAGACCUGGGGCCAGCCUUUCAAUUCCACAUAUUCUAUUGGAGGAAGGGCCAGGAAAGUUGGGUGCACAAGAAGACUGUGAAGGAGAUCAGCUCGGCGGUGCAUCUGGACACCAUGGAGGCAGGAGCUGAGUACUGUGUGAAAGCCCAGACCUACGUAGAGACCAUCAACAGGAGCAGCAACUUCAGCCAGAUGCAGUGUGUUCGCGGGCCAGAUGGUGGCAGAUCUAUAUGGAUGACGACUGCCAUGGUGUCCUUCGUGGGAUUUGUUGUAGGUGUCUUGGCCCUGCCUUUCCUUGCCUGGAAAAUGAGUCAAAUCUUCCAGUAUUCCUGCUGUCCAGUUGUCGUCCUACCAGACACCCUGAAAGUAACUGAGUCCCCCAUGAAGCUAAUACACUGCAUGAGUGAGGGGACUGAAUGUUGUGACGUGGCUGUGCACGUGAUUCCCCCCAAAGAGAUCCUCCGACUGUGGAUUCAGGACGCACUUUAAAGCUGCCCAGAGAUAAUCAACUCUGUCGAAAAACAUCUGUGAACAGAUCUAGCAGAUUGUGCACUGGGAGCCUGCACAGAGCUCCCACAGACUCAGGGUAUGUCUACCCAGAGGGAUCUAUGGGAAGCUUUCUGAUGUACGUCUGGUAACUCGCAGGACACAAGUCGCACCAAUGGUGAGCACACGGGACUCCAGUUCUCUUUUCAAUUCCCAUUCUUGUGACCUUGGGAGUCCCUUAAGGCCAACUGGCUUAGGGCCCUCAUACUAUAACACACAUCAAGCCUCACACACGCAUUGCCCCAACAUACUGUUGUCACAAUAUAUGCAUCUCAAAGGUAUCAUGUAAGGUAUCAUAUGAAAGCUGGUGACACACUGGUCCACCAAAAAAUCAUUGAUGUAUGUGUGGGCUGAGUACAGAGAGUUACAGAUGUAUGCUGGAAAUAUGUUCGUAAAAUGUGUUUGGGAGGCAGAUCAUAAAACCAGACGGCCCUAGAUAAAGGAAUGUGUAUUUACUGGUCUGACCAGCUUGGUCAUAGGCAGAGGACAAUGGAAGAACAAAGCCAUCAGGUUAAAUAGGUGGGGGAGAAGACUGUUUAACAAUCACACUGGGGGACAAUCUGCACCCCAGGAAGCCUUCCUGGAUCUUGAGGCUGAGACAAUGGACUUUGAGUAACAGAAGGGGAACAAAAAGACAUUUUAGUGAUCCAUCACUGAGGAGGCAAAGAGUACAGCACCCUUGGAGUCUGUGAAAGUUGGAUCUCCCUAGGCUGAAAGGCUAGGAAUGCUGGUACCUACAUCAAGUUAAGAAGAAUUAAAAUGUAACUUUUAAAGAUUAUGUUCUAGUCAUUAGAAAGCAUGUUUUAUUUUGUGUGUAACCAGACUUGUCUCUUUCUCUCUUGCGUAGUAUCACUU